AUGUGGAAUAUAAGUUUCAGCAAUAAGGCGCACAAAAUCAAGAAAGGUAGUGGUGAUAUAAGCAAUCUACGCAAUGCUGUAGCAGAUGUGCUCCAAGAGAGGGCCCAAGUACGCACGAUAUUUCGAAAGAUCUUCCCCAUCACGGUGAUUUUCAAUCCCUGCACAAUUUAUUGCAAUCGUUUAACGGCAGUAAUAUGUUUUAUACAAUUUAUAGGUUUAAUCAAUAGAGGUGACUCAUUUCGACGAAAACCGUCAAAAGCGAGCUCGCUACCACAUUCCAAGAAAAGUGGGGAUCAAAAUGAACCAAAGCUUUUGAAAGAAAUCGUGUCAUAUACUAUAGGCAUGCUCGGAGGCCCUGGAGUAGGCAAAACAGCUCUAAUCAGUCAAUUCAUGACAAGCGAAUGUAUUAAUGCUUAUGAUAGGCAAAGAGAUGAAACUAAAGAAGAGUCGGUUUUCGUCAUGCUCAAUGGUGAAGAAACGGAGUUAAAAUUUGCAAAUGUAAGCGAUUUAAAGGCGCAAUUUGAAAAAGAGAACCAGCCCGAUGCCUACAUUAUAAUGUAUUCUGUUAUUGAUAGAGCAUCGUUUCAACAGGCUGAAGAACUUUUGUCAAAACUCCAUGUCCAAAAUGUACUUAGAAUUCGACCUGCUAUACUAGUCGGUAAUAAGAUCGAUCUCGUACGAUCUAGAGCCGUAACAUUUCAAGAUGGAAAAUAUUCAGCAUAUACCUACCAUGCGAAAUUUAUUGAAAUAUCUGUUGGCAUUAACCAUAACGUAGAUGAACUUCUUGUUGGUGUACUUCAUCAAAUAAGACUGAAACGCCAAAUUUACAAUCACUCAUCGAAUGUUGGUGAUCUUGAAAAAAUAACGAAAAGUAACCAUUGGUAUAAAUCAAAAAGUAUGAUGCGAGCAACUGUAAAGGCACAUAGAGUUCUUACAUGGUUAUUUAAAAAAGACGACAACAAAUUUAAAAAUUGUGAAAACCUACAUGUGUUAUGA